CAAGAAGACCAAGAUAAAAGGUACAGUAUUAUUCAAAAUCGUACACCCGGAUGCUAACAGUGUUGAUCAGUUGUGAACUGAAGGAGCAGUGAUAGCCUAAAGGUCUAUAGUUUUCUUCCAAAAGAUACAAGAAUGAAAAGUAUCUGGGGAAGCAAACUUUACUCCUUAUUACUUUUAAUUUAUUAAAAAAUAGAGCAGGAUUAUUACAUACGCAAUUUGGAAAGUAGCAGAAAGUUUCAUGACUUGUGUUUUGUUCUUUCACUGCUGCUGAGAUUAGUAAAGUCAGAUUACAUUGACAGUUGGCUAUUGACCGCUUUUCCUUCAAUUUUCUUAGGGCAGAAACUGAGUAGCUUGGCUUCAGUAACCCGAUGUGUAUAGUUUUAUUUGACAUAACUGAGUGUCUACCCAUAAUCAAAUAAAGUAACUAUUAAAAUCAUUCCCUAAGAAGUUCUUGUCAUUAUUCUCAGAUUUCAGCCCUCCUCAGCAGGCUAAAAGUUGUAGAGUCAGAGGAGCCUGGUUCCUGUUUUUAUUUAGAUCUGUGCACGAGGGAGAGUGUAUAUUUAAGGAGAAAUAACUAACGUUUUGCUAUGCAAAAUUUCUCAGUGUAGCUAAUUUAGGACAACCCUAUGCAUCUGUACUAGCAUGUAUUAGGUGAAACUUUAAAAUAGGUAGUACUAUAAAUCCACUGUUUCGGAACAGAAUGUGAAAGUUUUUUGAGGAACAGUUUUACUUCUACUAAUCUCAGAGAAACUCCAGAUUGCAACACUGGCCUCAAGUGAAAAGCCUGAAGGGAGAGGAACCCUAAUGUCAGAGCACAUUUCCUGGGUUGAAGACAAAGCAGAAUGUUAGACUUACUGAAAGGUUUAUAGGUUAACAAUUUUAUGUCAGUGCAACUCCUGUGAACAAUCUGUUUGUCUUCAACAGUGACCACAGGCAGAGACGUGGGAAUGCUGCUGGAGGUUACCUUGCAGCCACGAUCUCGUUACUGAUCUACUCUGAUACAAUAGGAUUCCUGUGCUUGUUCUUUCAGAAGAGCAUUGGUAUCCGAGUCACACAAGCAGUAGUGUCUGGAAAGAGCAUACAGCAUGUGGAUUUUGCUGUUCCUAUUUGCUGCUUCACAUGCAAAUUAUCUACUAAAUUGCCUCAGUUCCACAGAAGCUCAGAGUAAUUUGAGUGGGGGAGAGAACCGUGUGCAAGUCUUGAAGACAGUGCCUGUUAACCUUUCCUUGAACCAAGACCCAUUGGAGUCAUCCAAGAGGGACUACAACACAAAUGUGUCUGGCAGCUCCACGCCAAUUACGGGGACUGCAGUGACUGUGAUAAAAGCAGAAGAGUUCACCCCUGUUUUUAUGACCCCACAAGCACACUAUACAAGAGGAGAAAAUGAGGAGCACCGAGGGGUUAUCUUUGAACCGUAUGAAGUGUCCAGCAUUGCUCCCCACACCAAUUAUCUCAAAGAUGACCAGCGCAGUACUCCUGACAGUACGUACAGUGACACCUUCAAGGACGGAGGAACAGAAAAGUAUCGCAGUGUGUCCGUGGGGGCUGAAGAAUACAUUUAUGAACAAACAAGCACUUUUCAGUAUACACUAGAAGCUACCAAAUCUCUUCGUCAGAAGCAAGGGGAGGGGCCUAUGACCUAUCUAAACAAAGGACAGUUCUACGCCAUUACGCUGAGUGAGACGGGUGACAACAAAUGUUUCCGGCAUCCGAUCAGCAAAGUCAGGAGCGUGGUCAUGGUUGUUUUUAGUGAGGAUAAAAACAGAGACGAGCAGCUGAAGUACUGGAAAUACUGGCAUUCCCGGCAGCACACAGCAAAGCAGAGGGUCCUUGACAUCGCUGAUUACAAAGAGAGUUUUAAUACCAUCGGGAAUAUUGAAGAAAUCGCCUUCAAUGCUGUGUCCUUUACUUGGGAUGUCAACGAGGAGGCAAAGAUUUUCAUCACAGUGAAUUGCUUGAGCACAGACUUCUCCUCUCAAAAAGGUGUGAAGGGGCUUCCUUUGAUGAUUCAGAUAGAUACAUACAGCUACAACAACCGCAGCAAUAAACCCAUCCACCGAGCUUACUGCCAGAUCAAGGUUUUUUGUGAUAAGGGAGCAGAAAGGAAAAUUCGAGAUGAAGAAAGGAAGCAGAAUAGGAAGAAAGGCAAAGGCCAAGCAUCCCAAGCCUCCUGUAAUAACUCAGCUGAAGGAAAGCUGAGUGCACUCCCUCUGCAAAAAAAGAGUGAUAUAACCUUCUUCAAAACAAUGACUGACCUGGAUUCCCAGCCAGUUCUCUUCAUACCAGAUGUUCACUUCGGAAACCUACAAAGAACUGGACAGGUUUACUAUAAUACAGAUGAUGAGAGAGAAGGUAGCAGUGUCCUGGUCAAGAGGAUGUUCCGACCUGUGGAGGAGGAGUUUGGUCCAUCCCCUUUGAAACAAAUGAAAGAAGAAGGCCUGAAAAGAGUGCUUUUAUAUGUGAGGAAGGAGACAGAUGAGGUGUUCGAUGCCUUGAUGCUGAAGUCACCCACAGUAAAGGGGCUAAUGGAAGCGAUCUCUGAGAAAUAUGGGUUGCCAGUGGAAAAGAUUGCAAAACUUUAUAAGAAGAGCAAAAAGGGUAUCCUGGUAAACAUGGAUGACAACAUUAUCGAGCACUACUCCAAUGAGGACACAUUCAUCCUGCACAUGGAAAGUGUGGUUGAAGGCUUCAAGAUCACACUGACUGAGAUCUAGCCUCAGACAGAGCCCUUUCAUAAAGAACCCACAGCAUUUCAUUCUUCUUGGAAAGCAGAAGAUGCCUAUGGAAGUUGAUAGACAUUGAUCAGAGAAACUGUUACAAGACUGCUUUGAAAAUAUUGUCCGUUCUGCACAUGCACACCCACUGCAUACAAGCUUGGGUUCGUCAAGCACAAGGCCACUCAUGUUAACCUGGUCCCUUAUUUAUUGCUCCCCACUCUCCAUUGUACAAGCAGUUACCAGCCCCCAGAUUUGUAAACAGAUGACCCACUGCAAAUGUGAAACGCAGCAUUCUAGUCCAUGCUUUAGUGUGGAUAAGCUCAUUCUAAAAUAUGGUGAGGAACCAUGCUGGUCCAGUUUCAGAAAUCUCAUGUAAAUCACUUUGCCAGUACUUCUCUCCUCUUGCUAAAAACUGGUGCAGUGCUAAAGGUGGGGAAAGUGGCUGACAAGAGUUCACUUGCUCAAACCGAUCCAUAUCUCUCUUUAGUGUAUAGACUUGCCAAAUACCUCUGGUAGUUCUCAGCAUGUAGCAAUGAGGACUUGUAAGUAAGGCGUUCAGCUACAAAUGUCACUUGUAAGUAAAUGGUAAAGAAACCAUUUUAACCUUGUAUAUAAUGUUUAUAAUAUGCAAUAAUAUAUUUUAACUACUGUAUGUGGGCACGGUUAUUGCCACUAUGUUUUUGUAUGUAUUGGGUUUAGGGUUAAACAGAAUAUUUCCUAGAAGAUUAGAUUUCUGCAAUCUGUUAAGGAGUGUGUACUGAGAAUCUGAUAACUGUGUCUGCAUUCGUGCACUCCACCCCUGCCCACUCAGUUUUAUACCGAAAUAUUGGAGCAAACAGCACUACAGCAUUUGGAGUGCACUGUCACUGUGGGACCCACCUUUGGUGCCCAGGUCUCAAACGUAGACACCUGAGUACUCCAUCCAGCUGUCACCAAAACAUAGAGGCACCCCUGUGUCUGAUGUGCCUAGAGGCGCACCAGGGACUUCUCCCUGUUCUCUUGGUGAAGUGAGGGCUCUUGAAAUGAGUCUGUCUGAAACCUGUGGAGGGAAAGGUGCUCUCCCCAUCAAACUGCUCACUAAAGAAUUCCUCUAGACUGCAAGAAACUUCAGACUCUUCUUUAGGGAGCUUGCUCUUGUAUCUCCUUUGAAUGAUUCUGUUUUGAUUCCUAGGGCAGUUCAAUGAGGUAAAAACUUGGGCUCGAUGUAAAUAUUUUAUAGAAAUUGAAACAAUUUUACCAGUGGAAAGAGUGGCCCACACCCAAUUUGCAGAGGUAGGCCCCUCUCACACAGGCUGGAUCUGAACCCAGGCUGAACUAUGCGGUCACACCAUCAAGUUCCACAUGAUUCACAGGAACUCUGAGAGAGAAAGGCUACAGGCUGAUCAUACCAGGAAAUGAGUCCAAGGCCUGGAUGUCCCCAGCACACGCAAACCUGGCACCUGUCUCUCUCCUUUCCAGUUCCUCUGGCUGUCUUAGAUUGCUUCUCACAUAGUGAACAGUCCUGUGGUUUUCAGUUGUAAGCAUUUCAUUUCCCAUGCAUUGUGCGGGGAUCCCAUGAGACAGGCAGAAAUGGGAGGCCUUUCCUACACGCAACCUUUAGAGUUUUAUUAGUUCUUCCUUCUAAAGACUCUUUUUCACUUAGUCACAGUAUUUUUUUCAUUAGCUGGUUAAUGACGUAAAGAUACACUGCUGAGUUUAAUGGGCUCCUCUAGUGGUUUGAGCUGUGGGGAGCUAUUUACAUCCAAGCAAAGUAGUUGGAAAAGCUAACCAGUCUGAUUUGAUCAUAUUUUUGCAUGAAUUGCCUUGCAAGCUCUUGCAAUUUCUUUACUUCAUUAGCGAUAGCAUCCCAUUAAAAUCUGAUCUUCAAACAGAAAUGUCAGGUACCUGUCAAAGCUGCUGCGCUACCAGAGCCUAUGAGAGCUCUCUGCUACUUGUGUCAGGGCUAUCACAUGCAGAAUCCAUACACAUCUGGAAAGCAAAGUGUUUAGUCUGUCUUCUCUCCCUUUCUACUCAUGUGUUGUGUGUUCUUUCUGCUCCUGAUGCAGACUUGUGUAGUAAUUCCAUUGUCUUUAUGGACAUAUACCCCAGUAAAGACGCUUUUGCUACAUUGCUUAAGGAUAGACAUCUUGGGAAUACAGUGGAUAUAGGGUAAUUUCAUUUAUUUCUGCUUGGCUCAGGCUCAGAUAAAGAGUCUUUGCUGACUUAGCCAUAUACUUUUCCACUCCCAAAAAAUAGGGCAGUUUUGGCAGGUGGCAUUAAGAACUGGGGCCAGUACACAGGACUUGUGAGCAGUGCUGUUGGUUCUUGUAUUUAUCUCUUAUUUAAUGGUGUUUGGGAUUCCAAGGAGUUCAACUGAGAUUUCUCAGUUGGUCAUGAUGUCCCAGUAGAGGCUGCGAGCUAAGCACAGCGGUAAAUGCAUGCAGGAUUUGAGCCCUGCUUCUGCCCCUAUUGGUGCCUGUGAUGUCAGGCUGGGUUGUGGUGUGCCGCAAUAGGAGAUGUCAGCGAGCAUUUGAGGUUGACAGAGAAGGAUGGGACUUCCCUGGCAGCACCAGCACCCUUGUUAGUAUUUUAUUCUUGUAUUACACAGAGGUGGACCUCUCUUCUUUGGUAAUUAGUGCUAGGUUCUGCUGCAUGCUGCAACGUCCAGCUCUGAGGAGUGGUAUCGUAGAAUCACAGAAUGGCUUGAGUUGUAAGAGACCUUGGAGCACACCCAUCCCCAAUCCCCUGCCAUGGGCAGGGCUACCACCCCCCAGCUCAGGCUGCCCAGGGCCCAUCCAACCUGACCUUGAGCACCUCCAGGGAUGGGGCACCUCCAGCUCUCUGCACAUCCUGUGCCAGUGCUGAACGACACCGGCUCCCUCAGCCUUUCUUCAUAGGAGAGGUGCUCCAGCAUCUUCAUGGCCUCCUCUAGACCUAUUCCAACAGCUCUACAUCUUUCCUGUACUGGGGGCCCCAGGCAUGGACCCAGUACCGCAGAUGGGGCCUUACAAAAGCAGAGCAGAGUGGGACAAUCCCCUCCCUUGCCCUGCUGGCCUCCCCUCUUUUGGUGCAGCCCAGGGUACAGUUGGCCGCCUGGGCUGCAAGGCACACUGCUGGUUUGUGUCAAACAUUUGUCCACCAGAACCCACAGUAUAGGAUCAGCAAAAGCUGCAAUGCUCCAGGAAAUGCUGGAGCUUAAGGAGCAGAGCUGCCUUUCCAAUGCCAUUUUAGGAGCUUUAGGUCAGGCACUGUCCAGGGAAGGAAAGUUGUUUCCAAGAUUAACUGAAAGCUUUUCUAAAUAUAUCUCUAAGUGUACAAAUUCCUGGUCAGUAGCGAGAGAGCUGAUCCUCCUGCCUUUAGCUCCAUCUUACAGUCUCACUGGAGAAUACAGGGCUGAGGAGGAUGGGUAGAACUUAUCCUGACACUAAGAAUAUUCUAGAACAACUACUGGAGCUAGUUAGGGAUGAUCUCCAUUAACUUUAUUUAUCUGCCAGGGCCUGAGGACUUUGUUUUUCUGCUCCAUAUGCCAAAUGCAUCACAAGCAUCUAAAUAAUUACGAGGAGCACAUCACCCUGCACUGGGUCAGUUUAGUUACAGCAUCAGCUGCCACAGAAGCAUUGAACCUGGGUGCUGGUCAUGGCGAGCUACAAGCUCUCGGGGUUCACCACCCCUGAGGGUUUGUUGAUCAAAAUCAGAAUAUCGGUGUUGGGGAAGGGCCAGCACCAAUAAUGCAGACUUCUGAAAGAGGGAUCCAUUCGAAGGCCAGGGAGCAUAAAGUCUCUAUCUGUUGUUUAAAAUGUAUGUGUUGCUUUUGUUUCAUGAAGAAGACUGAUUAAUGCUGUGUCUUCCAAAUAUGAAGAGUUAAAUGGAAGUAAGAUUUGGCUGUCGUUUAGCACCAGACAGGAAUGUCUUUGUUGCCUCCUUUUGUGGCACGGCUAUGGUUGUUUACUCAUGAGAACAAAACUCAUUUCCUUCUAGAAGAGGACAGGCUGGAAUCUAGUGCAGCCUCGAGGCUGCUCAGCAUUGCUUCCAUACAAAGAGCAAGAGCAGUGUAGAUGCUGUGUGAAAGACUAUGACAGAGGGGUGCAAAAGGCAGAGUAGCCUUCUAAGCUCUGGCCUUGGUUCCUGCUGCAGAGUUGGCACUAUGUCCAUCCAUUUGAUCAUUUGCUAUAAAAACCCAAAUCUCAGACUUUGCUUUCCUUUUACACAGUCGGGUGCUUAUAUCCCCAAAAUGUAGUGCAUCCUUGCAGCGAAGCCUCGUUGAUGUAUGGCAGUGUUCCCAUCAAGGUAUUUUGGAGGACUUUUUAUCACUGGAUGUUAACUACAAAGAAAGUAGUUGCUUUUUUCUUUUUUUCUUUUUUCCUUUUUUUUUUUUUCUUUUUUUUUUUUUUUCUGUAUGUUCUCUCUCGUUAAGUCAUUGGUCACUGGAAUUCAGAGAUCAAGAGCCUUUCUUGUACAUUUUCCUCUUUCAGACCGUGGACAGAUUAAAUGCUAUAAAUGAAUUCAAAUGAUUGGUAAAAACUCAGCCCUCCAGCUGUCAGAGAAGCUGUAUGUUAGUUGAUAUGAAACUGGGAAGGAGUACCUUAGGGCCUUAAAUGUAAAGCUUAUGAAAUGUUUAUAUGCUCUUCCAUUUCCUAUGAAUUGAGACAAGAUACAAACGAGUGUUUGUGCCAAAGUUUGUAACAAGCCCUCGCUCUGGCAAACAACAAACUAUGUAUAAAUAGUGUGCUUUUAUAUUAAGGAAUAGCUGAUGUAACUUAAUAGUGUUGCAACUGGGAGAGGGGUUUGAUAAACUGUAAAUACAGUUAUUUUAUUUUUUGUACAUUUUUAAGAAGGAAAAAAAUAAAUAUUCCUGUGUAUGAGAUAA